AUGCACAGACGAACGGCAAAGAAGCGGAUGUUUGUGGGUAUUCAUUUAAACAAGGAAGUACUAGCGCAGGAGCUGAAAACUGCACCAACACUGGCGGAACUAUCUACCGCAGUUGGAGAAUCACCUAAAUUUUUGUCAGUGCGUCUGGACAGCGGAGGUGGUGUAGACGGUACGGGUAAUCGGUUUCUGAAGUGCAGCAAACAACUAUCGAUCAAGUGUCAAGAUGGCGUUCAAGGGCAACCUACUAGCCAACUCGAACCUGGAUGCGCUGACAACGGGAGUAUGAGUGAUCAAUCAAUUGGAAAAUGUUUGAGACCGAUGGGGAAGUCAUCGUUUCAGAGUAUGAGUGGUUGUUUGGCGGCACAUUUGAGUGGUGGGCCUAUACCCAGAGCCGGAAAUGAGUUUUCAGCUCAGCGACUACUCAACGAACAGAACGUGUUUGUUCCGGAAUCACCGAGGUGUGUGAAGCAUGACUGA